CCUGCGUGUCACCCGGGGUCAAACCCGCCCCUCUCCGCCACCGGCCGCUCGUUUCCCCGCUCGGCUCGGCCCGGACGCACGACGAGGACACGGAAUGGAGACGGACGGCAGCCAGAGCGGCGUGUCCUCCGCGGACUCCCCCCACGACCCCUGCAAGAUGUUCAUCGGUGGACUCAGCUGGCAGACAACACAAGAGGGGCUGAGGGAGUACUUCUGUAAGUACGGCGAGGUGAAGGAGUGUAUGGUGAUGCGAGAUCCGGUUACGAAGCGCUCGAGGGGCUUCGGAUUCGUCACCUUUGUUGAUCAAGCUGGUGUGGAUAAAGUUUUGGCCCAAACCAGGCACGAGUUGGACUCAAAAACAAUUGAUCCAAAGGUUGCAUUCCCUCGCAGAGCGCAGCCCAAGUUGGUAACUCGAACCAAGAAGAUCUUUGUGGGAGGCCUGUCUGUCAACACAACUAUAGAGGACGUCAAGCAGUACUUUGACCAGUUUGGGAAGGUCGACGACGCCAUGCUCAUGUUUGACAAGACCACCAACAGACACCGCGGGUUUGGUUUUGUGACAUUUGAGAAUGAGGACGUGGUGGAGAAAGUCUGUGACAUCCACUUCCACGAGAUCAACAAUAAAAUGGUGGAGUGCAAGAAAGCUCAGCCUAAGGAGGUGAUGUCGCCCACAGGCUCUGCUAGGGGGCGCUCUCGCGUGAUGCCCUAUGGAAUGGAUGCCUUCAUGCUGGGCAUUGGAAUGCUGGGUUACCCGGGCUUCCAGACGGCCACCUACACCAGUCGGAGCUACGCUGGCAUCGCCCCUGGAUACACCUACCAGUUCCCCGAGUUCCACUUAGAGAGGACCCCCCUUCUGACUUCACCCCACCCCCCUGAGCUCACAGCCAUUCCUCUGACUGCGUAUGGACCGAUGGCGGCGGCGGCAGCAGCAGCGGUAGUUAGAGGCUCCAACCCUUCUCGCUCAGCGGGAUUUUUAGGUACGACCAGCCCCGGGCCCAUGGCAGACCUCUAUGGAACAGCCAGUCAGGAGUCAGCCGUCAGCAGUUACCUCAGCGCCGCGAGCCCCGCCCCCAGCACUGGAUUCAGCCACAGUUUGGGGGGACCUCUGAUUGCCACGGCCUUCACCAACGGCUACCACUGAGAGCGAGAGUGCGUUGGACUGAGAGCUGGAACUGAAGCUGUGCUGGAUCUGAUCUGACCCGUGUCUGUGUCCGCUCCACCUGAACUCUCAGACCCCACAUCGAGGUCGCCUGUACCCGGCCCACUCUACUGAUGCCUGACUAAACUCCACCUCUCCACAAAAGUAACAAAAAAGGAGGGUUGAUCACAUCGUGUAACUCCAACACGUGCUGAUGCUGUAUUUUUUAAUAUUUUUGAAGCAUGCAGUUUUUUUGUGAUGCUGCAUUGUAUUUGAUCUCUUUUAUAGUUUUGUUUUUACUCCUGAUUCUGAGAUCUGUGAGACAGAGGAGAAGUUCUCUGCAGGCAAAGCCUGACUCCAGGCCCCGAGCUGUACUUUUUAAUGGAAAACUGUAUAUUGUCUUUAGUUCAUACUGAAUUUUAACUAACACUUGUUGUUAAUGAUGUUUCAAGCUAAUAAUGUGUCACAAAGUGUACAUCUUGAUAGUUUUUAACAAAGACUUGUCAAACUAAUAAUGGUUGUUAGUUAUAGUUACACCAGCUGUACAAUUUUGUAAGAUAUUGUAAAUAAGUUGUGCUUAAGCAGGUUUUUGUUCUGGGAGUCGGAGGCUUUAGAGAAACGGAGCGAUCGUCUUUUUCAUCAGUCUGUUAGAAAUUUUGACUGUUACGUCAGAUGAUAAAUGAUUCCUGUCUGCAUUUAAAGGGGUCAUGUUACACACCUUAUCAGCAAACUCAUGUAGCUCACCAGAUGUCUUAAAGGUCCUAGAGAUGACCGAAGCACCGGAAACAUCUCACACCACAACAUUACCCCCCCCCCCCACACACACACAAACACACUUGAAAAGGAACACUAGUUCAAAGUCAAGGUGGAGUCCUUUAGUAGCUCAAAUGGUUCUCAGUCCAGAUCUCUGUUGAUUGUAGUCUGACUGCAUUCUUGGUCUAAAGCCUUGGUUUCCUGGACAGGGAGGAACUUCUGUGAAGGAGCUAUGCUCUUCCAUCCUGGUCAUCCAAAACUCACAUGCUCUAAUCGUGCAUGUGCAUCCAG